AUGGUGCUUUUUCUGAUCGGCCUGGGCCUGGCGGAUGAGCAGGACAUUACGUUGAAAGGACUGCGUGCGGUGCAGUCGUGCAGCCGCGUGUACCUCGAGUCGUACACGAGCAUACUCUUUGUCGAUGACUUUAAAGCGCGCAUGGAAAAACUCUACGAAAAAGAAGUGACGCUCGCGCACCGCGAGACGGUGGAGCUCGAGGCGGACGAUAUCCUGCUUGCGGCGCACACGGGCAACGUCGCGUUCCUGGUCGUCGGCGACCCGCUGUCGGCGACGACGCACUCGGACCUGAUUAUGCGCGCACGCACGUUCCAGGCGCCGGGCGCGAGCGCGCCGACGCCGGUCGACGUCCGCAUCAUCCACAAUGCGUCGAUCACCACCGCGCUCGGCUCGAGCGGCCUCGCUGGCUACAACUUUGGCCAGACGAUCAGUGUACCGUUCUGGACCGAGGACUGGCACCCGGACUCGUGGCUCGAGCGCAUCGGUGAGAACAUGGGGCUUGGCCUGCACACGCUGUGCCUGAGCGACAUCAAGGUGCGCGAGCAGAGCAUCGAAGACAUGAGCCGGGGCAUCGUCCGCUACCAGCCGCCGCGGUAUAUGCUGAUUCCCCAGCUGAUUCGGCAGGUGCUCGCCGCAGCUAAAGAGCACAAAGUCGACUACCUCGACCCCGACCGCACGCUUGCCGUGGCGCUCUGCCGCAUGGGCGCAGACGCCGAAGGCGGGCGCCGCGGCGAGCUCAUCGUCGCCGGCACCCUCGCCGAGCUCCUCUCGUACACCGAGCCGACCGCCGAGGAGCGGGCGGCCGACGAAAAGGAGGACGACGCGUACGAGGAGGAGAACCCCACCGCCAGCGAGAAGGAGAUGGAUGAGCGCCGCGAGGCGCGUGCGGUGCGCCGCGCAAUUGCGUUCUGGGGCGAGCCGCUGCACACGCUCAUCCUCGUCGGCAAGCGUCUGCACCCGAUGGAGGUCGCCUACGGCCAGACACUCACGCGCCCGGGCUCGCGCUGGGCCCAGGUCGCUGCCGAGGACUAUGAGGUGCAUAACUAG